AUGGACAAUCUGUACAGUUCUGCCCCCGAGUACAUGGGCAACACCAUAUCAGAUAUCAGCCAACAAGUUUUGAAUGGUAUGGGUGAUGAUUACAAUUUUGACCAAUAUUUCAACGACCCGUUGUCAUCCGAAGAUUACAUCAAACAUUUCGACCUUGGAGCAUCCCAGGACAUGGCUUCGAGUAAAGUCACGGAAGACGCUCAGCUUGCGGUUGAUCCUAAACUUGUAUCGACCGUUGACACUCCUGCCCCAUUCGACCUAAACUCCCUGUCGGAUAUGCCCAACGACAUGGGAACUCCAAAGCCUCAUCAGCUACAGGACCCAGUUCCCGUGCCAAAGACAUCUUUGGCGCAGCAGACCCGACCAGUUCAUCAACCUUUGGCACUACCUAUGCCUGCAGUGGGAAAUGCGACUUUGAGUAGAGGUUCUCAAAGCGCGGAUCUCCCAGCACAUGAUCAAUUUCCACUCUUCAACACUCGUGGACAAACAAACUCGUACAUUCCGCCCAGUUAUAUCGACUACAAUUCCUAUCAACCUAGUUAUCAUUACCCGGACAAUGGUAUCCAAGGGAUCUACGGCCCUCAGGCUAUGGGACCGUAUUCUCUUCAACCUCCAGCCGCAAUCAAAGCUCAGUCUAUGCACAACAUAAUCCAAGUCAGCAAAUGCGCGAAUUGUCGUCAGGACCCUCACCCUGGCCCAUGCUUUUCACAGGCAGCUCCCCAGACUCGUCGGCCACCUCAACAAAGAACUCAGCAAGCACCAUCCAAACAACCAGAUAAACGGCCAAUUUGGUUGCAGACACCUCCUAAGCGCAAGCGAAAUGUUGCGUUUGGCGACGAUGACGACUCCGACCUCGAAGUUCCCUUGAAGAAGCCUGGUCGAAAGGGACGAACCCUCAAGACUAAACGUGGAAGGGAUAAGGAUUUUGAGAUUGGAAUCAAGAUGUAUGGGAUGUUCCACUUCCCGGAAUUGGACUGGGUCUCUCGCAGAAGAUUUAAAUUCCUGUACUUACCUACAGGACAGUUGGAGAAAAAGAUCCUAUUCUCGGCCGAGGACUUGAAAGACUAUAUCUACAACUGUCCUCGAAAUCCAAGGCUCUGGAUCCAACAAAAUCCAGCGCAGUGCACAGAACGAACUAUCGAUGCCGACACUAUCUGUCGAUACUCGAACUGUCCUGAUACCAACAACACGAUUCGACCUGGCUGGUGCCGCGUGGCGUUCGACGAGUUUUAUCAGCAUACCUCUUGUGGUCAGAAGGAUCCUUUCAAGAUGGCUGGUGUUAUGCACCUUUGGUGCUUCGAGCAGUGUAUCGACCCCAUAGAGGUGAUGGCGAAUGGGAAGAUGGUGCCAGAUGAUCGCGACGACGAGCACCUCAUUAAGGAAAAGUCGAACAAAAUGGCCAUCACUCGGGAUUCUGACACAACGAUCGUUGAACAUACUAUCAGGCCUUGGUUCAAAAAGCGUGCAGGUCAAGCACUACAAGCUCCUUAUCCGAACUACGAGGAGUGUCUCUCCUAUGCGCUUGUUAAGCACCAUCUGGAUCAUCAAGUCAGUGCUCGUCAUAGGAGCCGCGGUGGUCGCAAUAAAGAUAGACCAGAAAGCGAGUUGAAGACCAUUGACGUUCACAUGGGCCGCCUCGACUUCUGGGCCGCUCGCGACACUGCUUCCAGGAAGAAGAGGUCGUCGAAACACUCUCGUGCUAGCCCUCCUGAGCCUGAGCAGUUGUUUAUUCCGGCGACCUCCAAUGGACUUCUUCCUACACAUAUGUCUGCUGGACUGACACCCCAUGGCUCGACAAAGAACUUCAGCGAUGUGCUGUCGAGUAUUUCCGUUGCCAAUGACUAUGAGUUUGAUUAUAAAGGACUCAUGUCCGAGGCGAAGAAGGAGGAGGAGCCAGCCAAGUUCGAGGAUAGCUCAAAGUGGCCUCAGCCUACUGGAGGGACCCAAAGAGUAUCAAUCAACAAUCUUCUAUCCCCCAGUGUGCUCCUAGAUCAGGAGGACGGGGUGCAACCGAGUUCCAAGGCAGAGACUGGUCGCCAAAAUCAAACCGUCUCGCCACUGCGACGAAGCCCCCGCUUCUCGGCUGGGAACAUUCGUGAGUCUAUUCAGACCGAGAACAAGGCUACCACUUCCCCAACAAGGGCACAAACCUCUGGCUUGCUGUUGCCUAUGCCCACUAGGAAAGAAUCCCUGGCUCUGCCCUCUACGCCAAAGAACCAGAGAACUGCAUCGUGGGGCGACGACAGUCUUUUCGGCUCGCCUCCCGCCCGACCAGCAAAGGACAAGCCCUCUCGAGAGGGGUCUAGUCGCGCUGGCGAGGAGGCUCAGGGCUCACCUUUGAGGAGAAGCAGCCGAGUGAGCCCUAAGAAGAAGCUUUGA